AUGACGAGUGUCGCCGAGAAGCCCAACGAUCAGAUGGCCAACUCCACAGACCCUGCAGACCAUCUCAUGGACCACCUGCUAGCCACGCACAAGCUCGAAGACCUACAGGCCUCACUCGCCAACUCCCUCUCUACCUGCGGCUGGACCGAACGGGUACGCAACCUUGCCUUUGAGCUCUUUCGCACCAACAACCAUACCCGCUUCGAAGAUGUGGUCGACACCAUCGUCAGCAUGGCUACGUCGGGAGAUGGGACAGACUCGAGCUCGCCUACGUUAGGGAAAAGGAAACGAGACGGAGAAGACGACUCGAAACUGGUCAACGGUGCUACCAAGAACGGGAAGCGGGCGAAACAUAACCCUGCCACGAACGGCGGCGGAGAGGCAUCGACGGAGAAAGUGACCGUCAAGAAAGAGACGACGGAAAGCAACUCCAUCGGUGAAAACGGCACAGCCGCUCCCAAUGGCACCGCUUUGCCUGAGUUUCUGGCAGACUACAAUGUGCAGAUACCUGAACGAGCUGUAAACAGCGGCGUUAAAUUCCUGCAUGACUCGAUGCAUGAGUUAUUCAGCUCUGACGGCGAAGACCAGACGAACGGCGCCAAGGCCCACGACCCAGAGAGCAACGACGAUAUACCAAUUGCGAGAAAGGACGGGAAGAAAAAAGCUAGCGACCAACCAAAGACCAAUGGACAUCCCUCGUCGAAAAGCGGCAAAGGAGCCUAG